CAGGUGGUGGUCCUGGCGGACCCCGGCGCUCCAUCAGCCUCCCCAGCAGCUCGGGGGGGCUGACCAACAUCACGGUGACCCCCAUCAGCAGCCACCCCCCCGCCCAGUUCACCUGCCUGCAGCCGGUUGCCGUGGGUCACCUGACGGCCGGCGAGCGGCCCCUCAGCCUGGACAACUCCAUCCUCACAGUCACCUUUGACACGGUCAGCGGCUCCGCCCUGCUCCACAACCGCCCCCCCGAGCUGGUCCCGGAGACGGUGGGGCCCGGGGGGGGCUCGCAGUCCGUGGCCCACUUCAUCAACGUGACCACGCUGGUCAACCCCCUGGGCCAGCUGGAGGCCUGGAGGCCGGUGCCUGAAGGACAGGUCACCCACAUGGGGGAGGGGGCUCAGGGGGGGAGUCAAGAGGCCCAGGGUCAGGGAGAGGGGGGCCGCCCUGUGCAGAGCCAGCCCCCCCCAUCAGAGCGGCUCCGCACAGAUGUUCAGCUACUAACAGUGAGGUGCUGGCCGCCUCACUGGGAGCAGCACAUUUUAUCAGACUGUACAGAGACCCUCACCGAUGCCUCUCCGCCUGAAUGUCACAUGGUUUCCCUUUUUAUACUGACAGUGGCUGAUAAUAAUGAACAUUAUAAUAAAAAAGAGAAAUGGUACAUUCAGCCCAAAUCACUGACACGCUGAUUUACGUUUCAAACCAAAGCAACAUGUGGAACAUUGAAAUGCCUUACCAGCUUUCUUAAAACGUGCAUGUUUUCAAGAUACAUUUGCUGCUGGAAAUAUGAAAAUAUACUAACACUUAUUCCUAAAGUGUCCCAUCUAAAUGUUAUUUUUGAAUGCUGUCUGUCAACUGUAAUUAUUGUGGAACCGCUGGAAAGAAUACUGGAGUUUUUGUACUGUUAUUUUUAAACAAAUUCCUCUUUAAAUGUUUAUUUGAUUUGUUUUCAUUUCAUUUGAGAUUGUGUGGAACAGUUCUAACUGCUGCUAACAAGCGGCAUGUCACAAGGCACCUGAAUCCUGAGCAGGUGUUAAUGGAACGAAUGCAUCAGAAAGGAAGAAUGAACAAACAGCUGAAUCUCUAAAGAGGAUUUCUGAAGACAUAUCCGAACAGAUCACAGCAUCCACAGCAGAAUGAAAGCGUUCCAAUCCAUAGUAGGAAAAGAAACCGGGCCUAAUGGAAGAAAUGAUUAGAUUUUCACACUAAGACUAAUGUUUACUAAAUAAAAAUUCUCUUGUUUUUUUA